AUGAAUCAAUCACAAGCAGGAGGGGGCAGCCCUAAAAAAGAGGAACCACACGAAGACGAAGAGCCGAGCUCCCUGCCCGCAACGACGCCCCAGUCAUCAGGCCACCCCAUCCUCUACGUAGAAGACGAGGAGAAGGAGGUCGUCGAGGUCGAGAUCGGCGAGGAGGAGGAGAUCCCGCUUGUGGCCAGGAGGGGCGUACAGCCGGCCCCGCCACCAGCCGCCGCCGUCGCAGCGCCGUCGUCGUCACAAGUGGUCCCGUCCACUGCACCUUCUGUGCUGGGCAAGCGGAAGGAGCACCCUCCCCUCGUCACGCCCGAGCCUUCACAGUCCCUUCCUCCGACUCCCGCUCCAGAAACCGCGCCUCGGCCGGUGCAUUUUACAACGACUCUGCAGCUGGCCACCACCACGGAGACAACCGAAGUCGAGUCCACGCCUGCGGAGGAGGCGCAGCGCCAGCGUUUACUUCGGGACGUCGACUACACCACGCGGCAUGGGGCGCCAGAGGGUGCCAUCAACCUGUGUGACCUCGGUACGGCUCGCUUCUACCAGGAAGCCGCCCAGCUAUUGAAGUCCGGCAAGGCGGUAGCGUGGGCUCUCAUGUUCAUGGAUGGAUCCACCUCGUUCAGAGUGGCCAAAAAGAGCUCCCGAAAGACAAAACACGCCGAAGUGGCCGAAGAGGCCAGCGAGCCGCAGGACGAGGAAACGCCGCUCGGUAUCGGCUUUGCGCUGGAUGACAAGUUCUAUUUCCUUCCCUUGCAGGAGAAGCAAGGCACACGUGUCAUGAUGUCGCAUCGAUGGGGUUUUCUCAGCGAGUUCUUGGCACUCGGCUCGCCCAAGGUGGGACACAACACGCAGCAGAUACUGCGCAUCCUCUACUCUUUGCAUCCUCCGCUGCAAGAGGUGGACUGUAAAAACUUCGUAGACACCAGAAUCGGCGGCUGGGUCCUGCGACCAGCCAACAAUCGGGCCGACCCGUUCACCUACGACGCUCUGCUGCAGCAGUACCUGGACGUCUUCGACAACGCCGGCGAUGCGCAGGAGCCGAAAUCCGUCUUCUCCCGCGACCUCAGCCUGCUGUUGCCUCUGGCCGAGAAGAUCCUCGGCCUGAUCACGGAACAAGGGAUGCUGGAUGUGUUCGAGGGCCAGGAGUCGCACCUGCCGCCGAUACUGGCCGCCAUGGAGAACGCCGGCAUUUCGGUCGACCUGGACAAACUGACCGCCUACCGAGCCGAGCUUCAGCAGCGCAUCGCCCUCCUGGAACAGAGCACGUUUGUAGUUGUGGGCCUUAGCGUUCCUCGCGACAGGGCCGAGGAAUGGGCCGGCAAGAAAUUCCUGCUGUCAUCGCCAAAGCAGGUGGCCGACGUGCUCUACAACCAGCUGAAACUCGCUCCGCCCUCCACGCCGGGUCAGGGCAAGGGCGUCUCCCAGUCCCCGAAGAAGCACCCAACUACAUCCGAGGAAGCCCUCUUGGCCCUCCAGGAGAAGCACGCACUGCCCGGCAUCAUUCUCGAGCAUCGGCACCUUAACAAGCUGCUUCGGUCCUACAUCGACCCUUUCGUCGUCCACGCCAACAAGCGAAAUGAAACGGCGAGCGGCAUUCCUCGGGUCUGUGGUCGAUGGGAGCAAGUGACGGCGACAGGCCGGCUUGCUUCGCACGACCCCAACCUGCAAAACCUGCCGCGACCCGAGUCCCUUGAGUUCUUCCUCGACGGCGUGGAGUGCAUCAUUCCCCUAAACCUGCGUGACAGCUUCGUGGCGCAACCGGGCAUGGUGUUCGUGUCGGCGGACUACUCCCAGCUUGAGAUGCGGCUGCUGGCGCACAUCAGCCAGGAGGCGGCUCUGCUCCAGUUCUUCAGCGACGGCCACGACUUCUUCAAGCUCGUCGGCAGUCGCCUGUGGGGCAAGCCCAGCGCCCAGGUCAACGAAAAAGAGAGGGAGUUGGCCAAGCGCGUGUGCUACGGGGUCAUGUACGGCGCAGGUGCUGCGUCGCUGGCCACGGAUCUCAAGGUCUCACCGGCCAAGGCCAGGGUCUUCGUGGAGCGGUUCCUGGCCCAGUUCCCGGCCGUCAACCGAUGGAUCAGCGACACCAAGAGGCAGGCCCACAAAGAUUGCCCCCUCCCACUCGACGUGUUCUGCGCGCGCGCUGACAUGUCCCCGCGCCAUGCCAGCGAGGGGUACGUGCGCACGCUCUUCGGCCGGCGGAGGCUACUACCGGACAUCCACUCCACUUCCAAGGAGAUAUGCGCUGCCGCUGAGCGACAGGCCGUGAAUACGAUCAUACAGGGGACGGCCAGUGACCUCGUCAAGCAGGCGAUGCUCGCCGUCGAUGUCCAUCUCCGAGCCCAGAAGAUGAAGUCUCGACUCGUCCUCCAGGUGCACGACGAGCUCAUCUACGAGACCCCCGUCGACGAAAUCGAGGCAAUGGCGGUCCUGGUGCAGCGGUGUAUGGAGGAGGCUGCUAAGCUGGACCUUCCGCUGCCGGUCUCGGUCCAGGUCGGCGAGCGCAUCGGAUCGCUGCAUCCCUACCCUCCCGGCGGCGCCGAACCGUGGUCGAUCCCGCAGACGACGAGCACGCAGAAAGUGCCGACGACGGCGGAAAGCGACGCAGGCGUGACGGAGGCGAGCGACGCACCGCUUCCUAGCGACCGCGAGGAGAUGGCUCCGGCGCCGGCUCCAGCCCCGCGGGAGUUGAAGAUUCCGGUGUCGGCCUCCCAGCCAGCACCCCUUCGAAGCCCUACGCCGGUGCACAACGUCCGCCCAGCUGCCCCGAUGCGCGCACCAGAAGUCUCAGGCUCAGCCCCGGUAAUGCGACCGCCGGCGUCCCAACCACCACUCCCCGGCUCCGCACCGUCUACCGUAUCGAACCCGCCGCCCCGCUUCGGCAGCGGCUCUUCGCAGCCCGCGGCGCCCACCGCGUCUGCUCCCGCGCCUCCGCCCGCGCGUUCGGGCAUGCCGCCGGCCUCGUCUGCCCCGCCUCGCGGACCGCCGAUGAUGACCUACUCCGCCUCGCCGGCCACGGCCCCGCCGCGCCCGGCUGCCCUUACCCCCGCCUCGCCGGCGUCGUCGGCCUCGCCCCACCUGCUGACCCCGCUGCUGACCGCUGCAGUCAAGCGGGAGGACGAGGAGUCGUCGCUCAACGAGGACUCGUUCUCGAUGGAGGAGCCGCCGGUCGAGGAAGAGGAGGAGGAGGGCGGCGACUACCUGGGCGUCACCGGCCAGGUGCUCGAGGCCGGCGAUGUCGAGUACCCGCACGACGAUGUCGUGAGCCAGGGGCCGGACGAGGUGCCCGACGAGGACUUCUCCAUGCCCGAGGAGGACGUCGAGCUCGACGGCAUGGACCACGACCUAUACGCGGACCACACCCUCUCGUGA